CGCGUGCAAAAAAAGUCAAAUUUUGUUUUCUUUUGUUUCUAAAGUCAUGAGUCAAGCAAGUCGAACUGAAAGAGACAAUAGGCUUAAGAAAUUAAGAGACUCUAUUAGAAGCAAAACCAAAACAAAAGCUGCAGAGAAUGUCGACGAUCUCUAUGAAGAAGUAGACGAUUAUCGUCUUACUCAGGACGAUGAAGCCUUUGUAGAGGAUGAUGAUAAAGGUGGAUAUAUUGAUAAUGGUGAAGAGGAAGAAUAUGAGUACUCUGACGAGUAUGAGACUGAAACGACCUGUAGUGGCAAAAGAAAGAGAAUGACGAAACAAAAGCAACAGGCGCCUGUUAAGCCAAGUCAACAGAUCAAUAAGUUUUUCUCAAGCAGUUUGAUAAAAAAGCAAACAGCGAAGCAGCCCACAAAGCCAAAGCCUGUGGAUGCUGCAGAAUCCGAUGACUUUUUAAACGAUUUACUUUCAGAGUUCAAAGCACCUAAACCAGAACGCAAAAUGCCUUUACAAAGAGAAAAACCAGCACCACUGCCUCGAUUGCACCGAGCACCGCCUGUACGAUCAUCAGAGCCUGUUCAAACAGCAAGAACACCCUCUCCUGUUUAUAUUAAGCCUGAACCAGAAAUGCCAGUCGCUGACUUUGGUGACGAUGAUAUGAUGUUGGAUGAUAUCAAGGUGGAGGAUAUUGAACAAAUAGAAAGUAAAUCAACGUUCAGCAUGGAAGCCACAACAGAACUAAAGCCGGGACUUCAGAGUUGGAAAGACGCAGAUAUGAAUAUGGUGGAUACAUUUGUUCAGGAUACAAUCAAGGAAGAAAAUCAAACGAUGAAUAUCUUUGAACAAGAUGGACAUGUGAGAAUGUGGUGGUAUGAUGCCUAUGAGCGUAAAGAAAAGGGUUAUGUCUACCUCUUUGGUAAAGUUCUCAACAAGGACACAAAGAGAUAUGUCAGUUGCUGUGUCACUGUAAAGAACAUAGAAAGAAACUUGUUUGUUCUGCCUCGUCCAUUUUUAUUAGAUGACAAUGGUAAAGAAACAGAUCAAGAAGUGGACAUUGCAGAUGUUUAUGCGGAAGUUUCUGACUUGUUUUCUAAACGUCGCAUCACAAAAUUUGCGUCAAAGAAAGUGACAAGAAAGUAUGCGUUUGAGUUACCAGACGUUCCAGCCGAAUCGGACUACUUGAAGGUUUUGUAUGACUACGAACAACCAUCACUGACAGGCAAUGAAACUGGAAGAACAUUUAGUCAUAUCUUUGGAACAAAUACGGGGCCACUUGAGCACUUUUUAGUAAAGCGUGAUAUCAUGGGGCCAUGUUGGCUAGAUGUACAAAGCCCACAAAUGAGCAAGACAAGCGAAACAUGGUGUAAAGUCGAGAUCACUGUCGAUGACCCCAAGACUGUAAAUCCUUUGGUAGAUGAGACCGGCAAUAGACCUAUCAACAUCCCACCUUUGACAGUCAUGUCGCUUUGCUUGAGAACGAUCCUGAACAGCAAGAAGAACACCAAUGAGAUUGUAGCUGCAAGUGCUCUUGUUUGUAAUCAAGUUCAAAUUGAUGACACCAAGACGCUUGAGGAUCAACAAAAGAUGCGAUUCACAGUCGUUCGUCAGCUCGACAACCGGCCUUACCCAGCUGGACUUGUAGAAACAUUAGCGAACGAAAAGAAAAAGGCGGGCGGUUUUUCUGCUCAAGUGGAGAGAACAGAAGCAGCGCUUUUGAACUAUUUAAUCGCUCGUAUCCACAUGUGUGAUCCAGAUAUCAUUGUUGGCCAUAACUUUUCCGGCUUUGACUUGGACGUUCUUUUGCAUCGUAUGAAAGCACUCAAUAUCCAGCAUUGGCAUAAACUAGGCAGAUUGAAGCGUAAAAAUUGGCCAAAGUUGCAAGCAGGAGCAGGUGGUGCAGGAGAAUCAACGUUUCAAGAAAAGAUGAUCAUGAGCGGUCGUCUGGUGUGCGACACAUACUUGGCUUCAAAAGACCUUAUUCGAAGCAAAUCAUACCGUUUGACUGAUCUGGCACAAUCACAGCUCAAAAUUGUUCGUGAAGAUAUUGAAUUUGGAAAAUCAGAGCAAUAUUACGAAACAUCUGACAAGCUUUUACAUUUCCUAAAGCAUUGCUCUUUCGAUACUUAUCUCUCCAUGUCUCUUACAUUCAAGCUUCAAAUUCUUCCAUUGACACAUCAACUGACGACGUUGGCAGGAAACUUGUGGGCAAGAACGAUGACAGGUGCAAGAGCCGAAAGAAAUGAGUAUUUGCUGCUUCAUGAAUUUCACAAAGCAAAAUAUAUUUGUCCUGACAAGUCAUUUGGUAACAAGGACACUGCCAUCGUGCAAGCUGUUGAACAAGAUGAAGAUGAAGAUGCUGUAAAAGAAGCAUCAACAGUCAAAAAGUCUGGAAGAAGAAAACCUGCUUAUGCUGGUGGCCUUGUACUGGAACCUAAAAAGGGCUUCUAUGAUAGAUAUGUCUUGUUGCUUGAUUUCAACAGUUUGUAUCCUUCAAUCAUUCAAGAAUACAACGUAUGUUUCACGACGGUAGAUCGUAGUACCCUUCAACAACAAAAAACAGAGGAAAACAACCAAGAAGAGAAGGUUCCUGAAAUCCCUGGUGAUUCACUACCAGAGGGUAUUUUACCUCGAAUCUUAAAGACGCUAGUCGAUCGUCGUCGACAAGUGAAAAGUGCCAUGAAAGGUGAAAAAUCCGAAGCUAAAUACAAUCAACUUGACAUCAGACAAAAAGCUCUCAAACUUACAGCCAACAGUAUGUACGGCUGUCUUGGUUUUACUUACUCGCGUUUUUACGCUAAACCAUUGGCUAUGCUGAUCACCUUCAAAGGCCGUGAAAUUCUUCAAAACACAGUCAACCUUGCAAGAAGUCUCGACAUGAACGUCAUCUAUGGUGAUACUGACUCUAUUAUGGUCUACACAAAUCAAAGCGAUCUGAAUGAAGUAAAGAAGAUGGGCAACUUGCUGAGAAAGCAAGUAAAUCACCAUUAUAAACUCCUGGAGAUCGGCAUUGAUGGCUAUUUCAAGCACAUGCUUUUACUAAAGAAGAAAAAAUAUGCUGCUUUAUUAGUUGAAGAGAAAGAGAAUGGAGAGCUGGUUGAGACAAUUGAAACGAAGGGUCUUGACCUUGUUCGUCGUGACUGGUGUGACCUUUCUCAUGAUGUGUCUUCUCGUGUACUCGAACUGAUUUUAUCAGACAAAGAACGGGAUGAGGUCAUCAAUGAGAUCUAUACGUACCUUGAAGUAACAGUGGAGCGUAUCAGACAAGGAGAUAUUCCAUUAGAAAAGUAUGUGAUCAACAAGCAACUGACGAAGCGACCUCAAGACUAUGCUGAUGCUAAAAGCCAGCCCCAUGUACAAGUCGCACUGCGUAUGCUAGCUGCAGGGCAAAACGUAAAAUCAGGCGAUACGGUUCCCUAUGUGAUUUGCAAAGUAGACGAAGAGACAAGUGGCGACAAGCGAGGAUCAGCACUUCGAGCGUACCAUCCAGACGCUGUGAUCAAGAACAAUAUGCAGCUUGAUAUCGAAUGGUACCUUCAACAGCAAGUUCAUCCACCAUUGACACGUUUGUGUUCACCUAUUGAAGGAACGGACCCUGUAAGAUUAGCAGAGUGUCUUGGCUUGGACACAAGCCGAUAUCACCAUUAUCAAGGAGAUAAUAACGAUCAAGAGCUCAUGACGUUAGAUUCACAGUUGAGUGAUGAAGAAAGAUUCAAGUCAUCAGAAAGGCUUCAGCUCGAAUGCAAUCACUGUGAUCAAAAGUUUGAAUAUGACGGCAUCCUAAGACAAGUAGAUGGUAGAAUUGAAUGUGGAUUAGAGUGUGUUCAUUGUCAUCAAUUGAUAAACCCUGGAAGCUUCAAGGCUCAAUUAAUUAUGUGCAUUCGAGCAUUUAUUAACAGAUACUAUCAAGGUUGGCUUAUAUGUGAUGAUGCGACAUGUAGAAACAGAACACGAAUGGUGUCAGUUUUUGGUCGUAGAUGUUUAAUUGAUACCUGUCGAGGAACGAUGUCAAGAGAAUAUACGGAAAAACAACUGUAUACCCAAUUACUAUAUUUCUAUAGUCUGUUUGAUCCCGUAAAAGAGAAGAAUAAGCUUAGCAUAGGCCAAGAUCAAGAUGAAGCUAUUAUAAACAAACAUUUUAAUUUAUUAUUGGCGUACCAAAGCAUAGUGAAUGAAUAUCUUGAAAGAUCAGGUUAUCGUUAUGUCAAUUUAUCAAAGCUACUACUUGCCAUUUAAAAAUAUCAUAGAAUAAAGUGUGUGACUACAACCUUGUUGGCAUUAAUGGAUCUGCUUUUAUCUGUGUGAUGUCUAUUGCUUGUUCUUGUUCACUAUCCAAGUCACCAAUUGUGCACACGUUGUCUCCUCUUAUGAGAUAUAAACCAAGUGGAACUACUUCUGUGCCUUCAUGAGAGUAUACACGUUCCUCACAUUUUUCUAAUAUCACAUUGGCUGUUUGAUCGGUUCCUCUUAAUGUUCCCACCAUAACUCUUCCAUCAACAGUGAUCACAUGUACUUUAUCUAGAAUAAAUUCUCUUGUUAACUUUUUUUUUAAAAAACAAUAAUAAAAGGAUACAAACGGUUCACAUAAGAUUGAAGUAAG